AAAUUUUAGGGCCGCUCUUGCAAAACCCAUUGCCAAUUUCCUCAAAAAACUCAGAAACUACUUGCGUGUAAGUUCAAACAGUUUAUUUACACACAUACAUUUCGUAAAUGGCUUCUUUUUGUGCGUAUUCCGCCACAGAAGCUCCUUCGAGCUCCACCUGUAGGCCCAAAUUUGCAGAGAACUCUUUAGCACCAAUUCAUUCUAUCAAAGCAGGCAAUAAGCAUUGUGGGUCUGUACGAAUUGGUAUGGUUUUACAGAAAACGACGUCUUUAGUUAGUGCAUCUCGAUUUCUGGCGCAUGCGCGUGAAAUGUCGGACGAGGGCGGUGAAGAAGAAGAAUGUAUAUUGAAUAAUUGUAAUGGUGGAUUUAAUUUAGUUUCUGAAGAUACUGUAUUUUUAUCUCAGGGUAAUACAGAUUCCAAACAAAGUGUCGAAAAGAGAAUAGAACGCAUGUGAAAUACUAAGACACUGACUCCCAUGCCCUCACAUGGAAGCCCGACUGGGGGAGGUACAAGGGCCGGUCUUUUCAGGACGCGAAUAUCUGGGGGAGUACAAAAUGCAACUUCUGCUCAUGGCUUGCCCAGGGCAGCCUUAGCGGUUCGAAAUUUAAUGGAGAAGACAAAAUUUUUUAUUUGUUUAUAAAUUUUUGUUCAUCUUCAUCAGCUAAUACUCCCAGCAGCUUCAAUUUAUUCAACAAGGAGCUUCUUAUAUGUUUUUUCUCAGUAAUUAUGUUAUUCAUUCUGCAUUGCAAUCAAUCAAGGCUAGGUUUGCUCACUUGUGCACCAUGAUGUCACAAAUGCACCACCGGAGGAAUGGUUAUCCAUUUGGUUCACUUGUAGAUUUUGUUCCAGAUCCAAUGGGACAUCCAAUAUUUUCAUUAUCACCACUGGCCAUACACACUCGAAAUUUGUUAGCUGACCCAAGGUGCACUGUAGUAGUACAGAUUCCGGGAUGGAAUAGCUUAUCAAAUGCAAGGGUAACAAUCUUUGGCGAUGUCUACCCCCUUCCGGAUGAUCAGCAGGAAUGGGCUCAUAAACAGCACAUAGCAAAGCAUCAACAAGGGCCUUCUCAGCAGUGGGGGAACUUCUACUACUUCAGGAUGCAGAAUAUAAGCGAUAUAUAUUUCAUUGGAGGCUUUGGAACUGUUGCUUGGGUUGAUGUUAAAGAAUUCGAAGCAAUUCAACCUGAUAAGAUCACAGUCAAUGGGGGCGAACAAAAUAUGGAACUGAAUGCAAUUUUUUCGAAGCCCUUGAAAGAGCUUUUGUCCAAGGAAACUGAUGUAGACGAUGCUGCCCUUGUAUCAAUAGACAGCAAAGGGACUGAUAUUCGCGUCCGUCAAGGUGCACAGUAUAAUGUACAGAGGAUUUCGUUCGAAGUUGGGCGUUCUGUUGAAACACUCGAAGAAGCUAAAAAGGAGCUUUCAACUCUAAUAGGCCGAGGCCGGGUUCACAAUAUGCAAAAAUGAGUGUGUAAAAUUAUACACUUGAAUAAUAGCAAGUUGUGAAUGAGUAACACCAUAAUGUUGUUGGCAACUCUCUUGAGUGUGAUUAUUUAUGAGAACAUCUUUUGAUAUCUUGAUUUGGGAAUGUUUUUAAC